CAACACAGGCUUCGUCGGAGAACUUCUCUCUCUUCCUUUGUCUUUGUCUCCGACGAUACAAACGAGCUUUCUCUGCCUCCUUCAGACUCCUGAGAACUAAUAGGAUGGAUUGUGACGAAAAUGUUGGGAAUGAAUCACUUGUUCUGAUUAAACAAGGAGCCGAAGCUAGGGUGUUUGAGUCUACAUUUGCUGGAAGAAGAUCAAUAGUGAAAGAACGGUUCUCGAAGAAAUAUAGACACCCGGUUUUGGAUGCGAAACUCACGCUUAAGCGCUUGAAUGCGGAGGCUAGGUGUAUGACAAAGGCAAGAAAGCUCGGAGUUUCUACUCCAGUACUCUAUGCUGUGGAUACUCUGCUUCAUUCCUUGACACUUGAGUACAUUGAGGGCGUCUCUGUUAAGGACAUUUUUCUUGACUUUGGAGCUAAUGGGAUUGUUGAGGUACGGUUUGAUGAUGUUGCUACUCAAAUUGGGGCUGCCAUCGCGAAGCUCCAUGAUGGUGGUUUGGUUCACGGUGAUUUGACUACAUCAAAUAUGUUAGUCAGAAGUGGAACGAAUCAGCUGGUACUAAUCGAUUUUGGCUUGAGUGUCACAUCGACCUUACCUGAAGACAAAGCUGUUGAUUUAUAUGUACUUGAAAGAGCCUUACUCUCAAUGCACUCUUCAUGCGGGAAUGUGAUGGAUCGUAUACUGACAGCGUAUAGGAAGUCGUCGAAGCAAUGGUCAGCCACGUUUAACAAGCUUGCACAAGUGAGGCAACGAGGGAGAAAGCGGACUAUGAUUGGAUGAGCCAAGAUAUUUAGUGAUCCUGUCUUUGAACGUGUUGACUACAAAAGCCACACGAAAUGUUCUAUAUGAUCAAAUAGAGGUGGGAGGACACAUGCCCUGAAUUUUUAAGUUCAUGUAUAACUACUCUGUUUCAUUGUAUGACCGUGAUCCAUUUUGUUGAUCAGUAUGAAGGUGUCAAUGCUAUAGUUUGAAUGGGGGUUGGCUUGUA